AUGUUGAAUCAAACCUCUGUCAAAGAGUUUGUCCUGUUGGGAGUGACAGACUUACAAGAACCACAGCCUUUUCUCUUUGCUAUUUUCCUCAUCAUCUACUUUGUCAAUAUAACUGGGAAUGGAGCCAUCCUGAUGAUCGUCAUCUUGGACCAAAAACUCCACUCACCUAUGUACUUCUUCCUGGGAAACCUAGCAUGUCUAGAUAUCUGCUACUCCACUGUGACAGUGCCAAAGAUGCUAAAGAACCUCCUCUCCACAAGCAAAGCAAUUUCCUUCUUGGGAUGCAUAACUCAGCUUCAUUUCUUCCACUUCCUGGGUACCACAGAAUCACUGCUGCUCGCAGUGAUGGCAUUUGACCGUUUUGUGGCAAUCUGCAAACCACUCCACUAUCCCAUCAUCAUGAAUUGGCAGAUUUGUAUCCUUAUGGCUGUGACCAUCUGGACCAUUGCUUUUCUCCAUGCCUUGCUUCACUCUGUAAUGACAUCUCGUUUGAGCUUCUGUGGUCCCAAUCAUGUCCAUCAUUUCUUCUGUGAUGUUAAGCCAUUGCUGGAGCUGGCCUGUGGAAACACUGAGCUCAACCUUUGGCUGCUCAAUACAGUUACAGGUACUGUUGCCUCAGUUCCCUUUUUUCUGACAUUUCUCUCCUAUUUCUACAUCAUCACUUAUCUUUUCCUCAAGACCCGUUCUUGUAGCAUGCUCCACAAAGCACUAUCCACUUGUGCCUCUCACUUCAUGGUUGUUAUUCUGUUCUAUGCUCCUGUUCUCUUCACCUACAUCCGUCCCGCCUCAGGCAACUCUCUGGAUCAGGACAGAAUCAUUGCCAUCAUGUACAGUGUGGUCACUCCUGCUCUCAACCCACUCAUCUACACCUUGAGAAACAAAGAAGUGAGGAAUGCAUUGAAUAGGAAGGUGAGGAGAUGUCUCUUUCUUGAAGAAAUCUAA